UGUGUGUGUGUGUGAGUGAGUGAGUGAGUACUAACAGGAGCAGAUUUCGAACCCAGGACCCUGUGAAUCCAAGGGGCUGACACAAAGCAGUACCCUGGCCACUGCCCCUUAACACGAGCUGUUAGAAAUAAGCUAUAAACAUGUACUGAAAUUGAUUAAAUAAUAAAAACAGUGAUUAAAAACACAAAUAGAACACAGCGGCGUAAACAGGCAGUAAAAUGAACAGGACCUGUGUCCAGCACCGCGCUGGGUGACGACGGGACUUUAUUUCUAGAAAUCAUGACCAUCCGUGCCUGAAAUAAUCCAAAUUGUGAUGGACAGGCUCGAAAGAGACGUGGAACCGCCCUAGAAAGGGUGCAAAGGCACAGAAGUACACAGUGAAACACACACAGCAUGAAAGGAGAGCUUAGGAAAAAAAAACAAAAUACAUCGAUGUGUCACACAGAUGCAUUGAUUAAUCUGUCGGUGAGUCGGGUCCAGUUUUGCUCAGGCACAGCGCUCUUGUCAGGGCUCCUGCUUUCGGACACCCCAGUGACCUAAAGCUGAGGCUCUCUGGAGCCAACAGGUCUGGAACUCACCCGUACCACAGCUUUGGGUUCGCGCUCCUGCCGUGUUCACCGCCACAACCCCACUGACCUUCAAAAUUAACGGGGAUCGAAAGAAACGUCAGAAAUCAUGACUCGGACAGAGUGGGAGGCGAGACGGCGAUGAGUGACCGCAAUGACUGAUGAGAGACAGUGACUGUCAUCAUGCCCUUGUCCAUGUGCACUGACACCGACACUCUGGAAGCUCUUAAUGGACGUCGCUGAAAGUACAAAGCGCGUAAGACGGAACACAAGUCCAUUAACCGUUCUUUAACUCUUCGCUCUCCGUUACCAUGGAGAUUCUUCACUCCUACAGGUACGUGGGGUCCGUUUCCACAACACGCUGGACUGGACCCCGAUGUGGGGACACUGCGCAGGACAGGACAGAGCAGGCGGCUCUUUCUCACCACAUUGAGCUGCUUUGAUUAGCGUGAGCAGCGCAAUUCCACACGUGGCCCACUGGACCGCAGUGUCCAGUGUCCACUUCUGCACCACUUCUCUGCUGGGGGGACAAUUGGACUCAACAGGUCCACUGAAGAAAGCAGGUUCUGUCACGGCCCUGACCCCCGACUCAGUGCGGGCAGUGGAACGCAUUACAGUCCAUAUUGGAUGUUGGAUCACGUCCCCAGCACGAGGAGGAAGUUAGAGUCCGUACUGGGGGCGGCACUGCACCGCACUGGUGUGUUCGUUCUCACUUGGGCUCGAACCUGCAUCAGUCUACACUCUAUACCUCAUAAUGGCGAAGCAAAACAGGGAUUUUAGACAUUUUUGCAAAUAUAUUAAAAGUAAAAACCUGAAAUAUCACAUUGACAUAAGUAUUCGGAUCCUUCGCUGCGACGCUUGGGACGCAGCUGAGCUACGUUUCAUUUCUAUCGAUCACCUCCGAGACGUUUCUACUCUCUGUGUGGAGCACCGAGUGCGGAUCGACAAGAGGCAAAAACUUUAAACUAUUUCAGAAUAAGGCUGCUACACAUAAAAUGUGAAAAAAGCGAAGGGGUCUGAAUACUUUCUCAACGCACUGUAUGUGGGGCACAUACGGGACAGCUGUCGCGUAGUAGGAUUGCAACUGGUGCCUUUGGACCCAAAUGUUGCAGGUUCACAUCUCACCCUCGAGCAAGGAAUUUACCCCAUUGUAAGGCGCUAUGGAAAAAAGUGUCAGCUAAAUGAGAAAAAUGUACACACACAAGCAUCCAAAUAAGUGAAAUAAGCAGGAAAAUAAAGAGAGGAAUUUGGUUAUUUGAUAUUUACUGUUUUUGUUGGGCUCUUGCGUGUGAAUUUCCCUGCAGGGAUUCAUAAAUGUCACCUUUUCGUAUCCGAGGCCACUUACACCGAUUGAGCCUUUUGCACAGCUGGGUGUAAGUACCUUGCAGCUGCACCACUGAAACCGGUCACUGUGCUCACACGGCAAGGCUCUCGCCACUGCGCCCCCUGUCGGUCACUCUACCCUAAGUGACCUUGAGCAAAGGUCAGUAAUAAUGGCGGUGACGUCAGAGCGGCAGUGGGCAGGUGGAGGGCUCGCGCGCACCGCUCACGUGGCCCAGGUGUGUUUACACGAAACGGACGAAAACAUUCAAAUUCUAAGGAAAAAAAAAAAAAAAAACGAAAGUUCUUGGCGGCUGCACGCGCCCCGCUCGCUGCCACGUGACGUUGAGGCGGCUCACAACACAACACGGUGCGGAGCGGCAGUAUCGCGCCGCUCCUCCUUCUCUUCUUCGUCUCGAGGCGCAGGAACGAUGGGAGCCCUCGCGCCGUUCCCCGGUGGCGCGCGGCAGUGACCUGGAGCGAAGUGGCCGGAUUUGCGCGCCUUUCUCCCUCGCGGAUAGCGCGAGCUCUCUGAAACUUGGCCCUCGACGUCUCGCGUUCGUCAGCUUCGCGCGGACUCCGCAGCGGCACGAUGCCGGAGCGCGUGAGCGUGUCCGAGUUCCUCGCGCUGGUCACCGAGGACCUGCAGGCUCCCGCCGCCGGCGGCUUCCACAGCAAGAUGGGCGCGUGCCGCAACACGGUGGCCGCGCUCGAGGAGUCCUUGGAGAUGGACCAGAACACUCUUCAUAAGAUGAAGAAGGUGGUGAAGGCGAUUCAGAAUGCUGGAAUAAUGUAUGCGGAGAACAAGGAGCAGUACAUCGAUGUGCUGGAGAGCCUGGGGAACAGCCACCUGUCCCAGGACAACAACGAGGUGUCCACCGGCUUCCUCAACUUGGCAGUGUUCACGCGUGAGAUGGCCUCGCUCUUCAAGAACCUGGUGCAGAACCUGAACAACAUCAUCUCCUUCCCGCUGGAAAAUAUCCUCAAGGGUGAUCUGAGGGAUGGGAGACAGGAAAUGAAGAAGCAGAUUGAAAGAACGUGGAAGGACUAUGAUGUGAAAAUGGGGAGGUUGGAGAAGGGGCGCGAGAAGCACAGGCAGCAGGGGAUGAACCGGGUGGAGGGCGGCGACCUGGCUGAGGACACGGAGCGGGAGAGAAGGAUGUUCCAGCUGCAGAUGUGCGAGUACCUACUGAAGACCCAGGAGCUGAAGAUGCGACAAGGCCCGGACCUUCUGCAGAGCCUCAUCAAGUACUUCCAGGCACAGCUGAAUUUCUUCCAGGAUGGUCUGAAAGCUGCGGAGCACCUCGCCCCCUUUGUGGAGAAGCUGGCUGCAUCAGUGCACACGGUGCGCCAGGAGCAGGACGAGGACCUUCGCCGGCUGUCUCAGCUGCGUGGAUCCCUCCGCACGCUGCUGCAGGUGGAUGGAAAGGAGGACAAUCUGAACAGGAAGAACUCUGGGAAUGGCUAUAGUAUCCAUCAGCCUCAGGGAAACAAGAAGUACGGCACAGAGAAGUCUGGCUUCCUGCUGAAGAAGAGUGACGGGAUUAGGAAAGUGUGGCAGAAAAGAAAGUGUGGGGUCAAGUAUGGGUGUUUGACCAUCUCUCACAGCACGAUUAACAGGCCUCCCGCCAAGCUCAACCUGCUGACCUGUCAGGUGCGACCCAACCCUGAGGAGAAGAGGACCUUUGACCUGGUUACACACAAUCGGACCUACCACUUCCAGGCCGAGGAUGAACAGGAGUGUAUGAUCUGGGUGUCGGUGCUCCAGAACAGUAAGGAGGAGGCCUUGAACGCAGCCCUUGGUGGGGACCAGACACAGUUCCAGGACAGCAGCCUGCAGGAACUGGCCCGCGCCAUCAUUGCUGGCCUACGGAACAUGCCUGGCAACGAGGCCUGCUGUGACUGCGGCGCCCCAGACCCCACUUGGCUCUCCACAAACCUGGGGAUCCUCACCUGUAUAGAAUGCUCCGGAAUCCAUCGAGAGCUGGGGGUCCACUACUCACGUAUCCAGUCCUUGACCUUGGACAUGCUCAGCACUUCAGAGCUGCUGCUUGCCGUGAGCAUCGGCAACACCAGGUUCAAUGACAUCAUGGAGGCCGGCCUUCCCAACGAUUUGGUCAAGCCCCUGCCGAACAGUGACAUGAGCGCCAGGAAAGAGUACAUCAUGGCCAAGUACGCUGAGCGGCGCUAUGUCCUGCACAAGCAGGAUGGUGACCUAUAUCGAGUGUACGAUGCCGUGAAGGCGCGCGACCUCACCGCACUGCUGCAGCUCUUCGCUGAAGGGGAGGACCUGGCCAAGCCGGCAGCUGUGCCAGAGGCACAGGACCUGCAGGAAACAGCCCUUCACCUGGCUGUACGGCUGGCGGAGAGAAGCUCCUUGGGCCUGGUAGACUUCCUCACGCAGAAUGGCUGCUUGGAGAAGAAGACACAAGAGGGAAACACAGCCCUGCACUACAGCGCCAUCUACAACAAACCUGAGUGUGUCAAACUGCUGCUGAAAGGGAAGGCUGUCCUCAGUACAGCGAACCAGAAUGGAGAGACCGCCCUGGACAUCGCCAGGAGACUGCAGCACAUGUCAUGUGCAGAGCUGUUGGAACUGGCCCAGAGUGGGAAGUUCAACUCCCAGAUCCAUGUGGAGUACACAUGGGAGACACCGCAGGAGUUCCUGUACGACAGCGAGGACGAUCUGGACGAGAGGGUCAGCCCCUUGUCCAGGGCCAUGCGCUCAACAGUGCCCCCUGCCGGAGGAAAUGGCACAUCCUCUUCACAGUGGGGCUUUGGCAAAACCAACAUCGCCAACAAGACCUAUGAGAAUGUGGAGUUCCUCUACUGCAACCCUCCUGCCAACAGCGCCCCCUCAGGCACCAUGCCACCUCCCCUUCCGGCCAAGGCCAUCCAGAGAGGGCGAUCAGACCCCCAGAUAUCCAUGUGCCCCCAUGAGGGCAAUCCGCCAGUGCGGCACUCUUCAAACCCUUCAUCCCAUCGCCACAGCCCCCCUUCCCUGCUGCAGGACAGACAAGCCACCCACAGGCGGCUGUCCCCACCGCUAGGUGCAAAGGUGGCACACAGACAGACAGUGUGUUGGGAAGGACAAAAUCUGGGUCCAGUUAGUUCCGGAAAAAUCACCUCCUACCGCCGGACCAGCAGUGGCGGUCAGGGCAAGUGCUCCGUGGUCUCACCGACCUGUGGCAGUGUGCAGGACGAGCUGUCCAACAGCCAACCAGGAAGCUCCCCACCAGCGUCCUCCCCCGCCACCCUACCUGUUCCACGUCUGCGCAGGAAUCCUGUGGUGAAGCCCAGGCCGAAACGAGUGCAGGCGCUGGUGGACUGCAGGGCGGUCGGCUCUGACCAGUUGGCCUUCUACAAAGAUGAGGUCAUUAUCGUAACGGUUGCUGACGAUCCCCAUUGGUGGGUGGGCCACAUCGAGGGAGACCCCUACCGCUCGGGCUCCUUCCCUGUCAACUACGUGCUCAAGCUAGCAGACUGACUCCUGAGGAGCUAUACCCCACACACCUACUUAAUGCCUUGGUCUGACAGCAGGUUCCUCACAAGCUGUUAAUGUGCAAGAAGGGUGCUGUCCUGCUCAUGGAUUGCCUGCAGGAUCCCAUGUGUUGGGCUCUGCCCCCUUUGUUAAAGGGCUGAUCCUGUCCUCAUGAAGAAGAUCCCCACUGGGCAGCAACCUGCUGGUGGCUUCUACCAUGGGCUGCUGCUGUACCCUUCAAUCAGUGACCAUUCUGACUCAGCCUAAAUGAUGCCUCACCUUGGUUUUAACUGGACAAUAUUCUGGAAGGAACCUGGGGCUGCUACCUAUGGCAGAACUGACACUGGGAUUUAUUGCAGCAACAGGGAAAGUGGGCACGAGCCCUGAACUUGCGGGAAGGACCACUGAAGCACCGUGUUUUGACCGAAGGGCUGAGUGUCCGUCACAGGAGUUCAGACAGGAGAAGGAAAGUGGAAGAGGGAUGGUAGAAACGGAGUGUAAAGUGCUUGUGGGAAGCAGUUUAGUGAGCAUGCAAGGUCUUGUGGAGCCCAGGAAACAGUUUUAAUGUGUAUUCACAGGAACAUGUGUGAGACAGGGCUGGGGCAAGAGGGACUCUAGCUUCCUGUCAAACAGUGCAAGGCCCUAAACCCCAGACAUCAGUAACCUUCCAUUCCACUCUCACAUUUUCAAUAACCUGUUUAAGUAUUUGUAGCUGAAGCUGUAAUGUUUUGGUUUGUUUCAUUGAAUUGUGUUAACAUAAAAUUGGCCUCAGGUGUAAAUAAAAUGUCUAAAUAUUUUUACUGCAUUCUUUCUGGUGCUGUUAUUCCACAUUGCUGACCAACCAACUGGAUGGUGUAGACACACAGUAGGGUACUGCUGAGUUGCUGAUAAGAUCAUAGCCUGCUGCAAAACCAUUGUGCUACAUUUGACUUUGCUAGGGGAGUAUGUUCUGCUGCACUAGAGAACUAAUUGUUCAGCUGAGGUGACCUGUGGAGCCAGGGAUCUCUCCUGUUGUCACAAGAUUUCUGUUUGCACUGCUGUGGGGGAGAAAUUCAAAUUAUAGGUGACAGUUGUAUGAUCUUAUUCACAUCAAGUAUAAUGUACAUUAGUAGCACCUGGACAUAUCAGUAUGCUGUUCAACUUGUACAGGAUGCACAGGAAAUGUAAAAAUUACAAAGUGACACCCUGGUAAACUACUUUAAUACCAGCACAAUGCCAU